AUAAAGACCGAAGUAUUUUUCUUGAACAGCCAUUUGGAUAUCAGUUUAAUUUCUUGAUUUCUAAGGGACUUCUUUGGGACGUGGGACCAGAUUUUUCUAAGAAAAUGGCAACUUUUAAUGAAAAAAAAACCUGCAGCCAACGGAUGGAAGAUUUCAGCCGUUUUAUGUGGAAUCCAGAAACAAAGCAGUUUAUGGGAAGAACCUUGAUUAAGUGGGUGUGGAUCAUUUUGUACUACAUGGCCUUCUAUGUGGUGAUAACUGGGCUGUUUGCACUUUCCCUAUAUUCCUUAAUGAGAACAAUAAAUCCAUAUACACCGGACUAUCAAGAUCAAUUAAGAUCGCCAGGUGUGACAUUACGGCCAGACAUUUAUGCAGAUGAAGAUCUGGACAUUCAUUAUAAUAUUAGUGACACACACUCCUGGGGAAGACUUGUAACUGCACUUCACACUUUUCUUUCAGCAUACAAUACAACUGCACAACGUAAUAACAUCAACUGCUCAAGUGAGACAUACUUCUUCCAGAAAUCAUUCCUUGGUCCAAAUAAAACAAAAUUCUCCUGCAAGUUCACAGCAGACAUGCUUGAAAACUGUUCAGGCCUGACAGAUCCCAAUUUUGGAUUUCCAGAAGGAAAGCCAUGCUUUAUUAUAAAAAUGAACAGGAUUAUCCAUUUUCUCCCUGGCAAUGGCACUGCACCAAGGGUAAACUGCACGAAUAAAUUAUAUUGCUAAUAAUCCUCUUUUCUUCAAAAACAGGAUGAUGAUUCCAGCCCACUUGAAGUUCAAUACUAUCCAGUCAAUGGUACCUUUAACCUUCACUACUUCCCUUAUUAUGGAAAGAAAGCACAGCCCACCUAUACCAACCCUUUGGUAGCAGUGAGAUUUCUCAACAUUCCAAAGAAUACAGAAGUUAACAUAGUGUGCAGAAUUGUUGGAACUGGAAUCAUCUCAGAUAAUAUUCAUGACCCAUUUGAAGGAAAAGUGGAAUUCAGACUGACAAUACAAGAUUAGACAACAGUAACAUUUAUAGUACAAAUGAAAACAUUUCUAAAAAGUGUGCUAUGAAGAGUGAUUUAGGUGUCACUACAUUGUUUUGUAUUUAUUUUCUCUCAAUGAUUUUACACCAAAAUUGCUCAGAUUGCAGUUUAACAAAAGCCAUUUUAAAUGCCUGUACUGAAAGAUCAUCCACAGAUCAAAAAAUCCACAGUAUCAUUUACAAUGCAACAAGCAAGAAGGAUUUUUCUUGAUGACAUACUAUGUGGAACAAAACAGCUUGCUCUUCCAUGACAACCGUAUG